UACCAUAGAAGAUUUAAGAAGAAGAAUCAGAGACAUAACAAGUGCAUAAAAGUUCGCCCAUUCUUUCAAGAAACGCGGAACAAGAAGCGGAAAGCAUCAAUAUGUACUAUGAAAGGUAUAGAGGACAGCCAAACCAGCCUUUCAAAUCUCAAAAAACCAAAGCUUCAAGUACCUAACAGUGAAAGUGGAACGAUAGUGAAACGUAGUAAGAAUUCUCAAACACAUCACAAGCAGCAAGAUGCACUAGUCCCAAUCAAUGAAACACCUAGUUACACAGACAAAAUGAUCUUAAGAACAAAAGUAGUCCUCGAUGAGGAGACAAUACGAGAGUGGAAAUUGCUGAUGCAACAACCGGAAGAAGAAGGCUGCGGAUCAGCGGAAUCUGAUAAGUGUAAGAAAACGUGGGAAACAGAGAGGGAAUUGUUCCGCGGACGAGUGGCAUCAUUUGUUUCUCGCAUGCAUCUUAUCCAAGGUGAUAGACAAUUCUCACAGUGGAAAGGUUCAAUUGUAGAUUCUGUGGCUGGGGUAUUUCUGGCUCAAAAUGUGGCCGACAACUUGUCAAGCUCUGCUUUCAUGUCCCUUGCUGCUGAAUAUCCUUAUAAUUCAACCUCUGCUGAAAAUGUUACAACGAAAGCAGAAAGUGCACUGAUGUCAGAAAAAGCUACUGAAAAUAUUUUAUCAUGUCAAUCCCACAAUGCAAAAGCAAAGAUCAAGCUGGAGAAAUCAUCAAAAGGAAGUGCUAUUACUUUGAGACAGUGGAUAAACCGGAGAAAAGUAUUGAAUCGGUGGAAGAGGAAAAAAGAGGACAUAGGAGAUCAACAAGCUGAACCAGUUUUAAGAAGGAAAAAUGAAGACUUGACAAGUGUAGCCAUUAAAUGGGAUAACAUACUGAAGUCAUCUGCCUUUGUUAAUCCCAAAGAGAGAAGUGAUAACACAUUAGAUGCGAUAGAUUGGCAUGCGGUUCGUGCAGCAACAGUGGAUGAGAUAUCGAGAGCUAUCAUGCUGAGGGGAAUGGACAAAAAACUUGCACUAAGAAUUAAGAAUUUUAUCAACCGCCUGAUGCUGGAACAAGGGAAAGUGGACCUAGAAUGGCUACGUGAAGUUCAACUAGAAAAGGCAAAAGAAUACUUGCUGAGCAUUUAUGGUUUGGGACUGAAAAGUGUAGAAUGCAUAAGAUUGCUCACUCUCCAACAGCAAGCCUUCCCCGUUGACACAAAUGUAGGACGAGUACUCGUGCGACUGGGUUGGGUACCUAUUCAACCACUUCCACGAGGACAAGAGAUGCAUCUUUUAAAAAUGUACCCGAAUGUGAAAGAUGUUCACAAGUAUCUCUGGCCACGGUUAUGCACAAUUGAUUAUUUAACACUGUAUGAAUUUCAUCAUCAGAUGAUUACCUUCGGAAAGGUAUUCUGUACGAAAUCAAGCCCAAAUUGUAACGCAUGUCCGAUGAAAGCAGAGUGUAAACACUUUGCAAGUGCUUUUACAAGUGCAAGAGUAUGCCUGCCGGGACCAGGGGAAAGGAGCUUUGCAAAUACAGAUACUACUUUAGCACCUGUAGACAGUGUGGCCGACGGUAUUUCUGUUCUCAAUCGAACAGCAAUUGUUCCUUUAUUGGGGGAAGCCUCAAGUUCAGAACAUUUGAUUGGAGAUCACCGGAAUGAGCUUAUUACCUAUCCAGCACUUGAAUGUAUUGGAGAAACAGAAAUUGAAGAUCAAUAUGCCAGUGACAUACCUAGAAUAACAUUUGAUGGCAAGGCAUUCGUGGAAAAUUUAUUACGCUACAUAUAUGAGACUGAUCUCUCGAUAAAGGACACUGAUAUGUCUAAGGCUUUGGUCAUUGCCACUCAAGAAGCAGCAUCUAUCCCUUUGCCUAAAUGGAGGAAUAUAAGUCGGUUAAGGACGGAGCACCAAGUCUAUGAACUUCCAGAUUCACAUCCACUGUUAGAAGGGCUAGAGCAACGAGAACCUGAAGACCCGUGCCCGUAUCUACUAGCAAUAAGGAUACCAGGAAAUGCGGCUUCCGCAGAACCUCCAAAAGAGAAGUGUGAAUCCUGUAAUUCCGAUGAAACUCUAAACAAAGUUGAGAAGUGUGGAUCCUGUAAUUCUGAUGAAACUCAAAACAAGGUCGCUGUGUUAAAUAAUGAACCAGGAGACAAUAUCGAGACAGUUCGUGGGACACUUCUGAUUCCGUGUCGAACAGCAAACAGAGGAAGAUUUCCACUCAACGGAACAUACUUCCAAGUAAAUGAGGUUUUUGCAGAUGAAGAAUCCACUAAACAGCCAAUUGAUGUUCCGAGGGCAUGGAUAUGGAAUUUGCGGAGAACGACCCUAUAUUGUGGCACCUCCAUCAGAGCAAUAUUUAGAGGGAUGUCAACAGAGGAAGUACAAAAUUGCUUUUGGAGAGGAUAUGUAUGUCUGAGAGGAUUUAACCGAAAAACACGAAAACCUGGACCUCUUCCCCUUGACCUUCAUCGUCCAAUAAGCAAACCAGGAAAACUGAAGAGUGAAGGAAAAAGAGAAUAAAAUUGUGACAACACCACCUUAUUAAACAUUUUGCUUAUGUCCAGACUGUUGAAUUAUGAUCACCACGUUUUUUGUUUCUUCUCUCCAUGUUCAAUCAUGUAAUUAAUCAAGCUAAC